GCCGAGGAGGAGGCGGGCGGCCGGCCGUCGCCGCUGCAGAGCCGGGGCCAAGGGAGGCGGAGGCGGAGCGGGAGCCGCCGCAGCCAGCCGGGCCGCCUGCAGUGCUCCCCGGGCUUGAGGGCGCGGGGCGCCAGCCAUGCCUCGGUGUGGCCGCUGAAGACUGGCGCCGGCGUCCCCGCCGCUGUGCCUCGCUGCCCGGGGCUGCCCGCGGCGGGAGUGCGGAGCCGCCCGCCAGCCAGCGGUGGCGCGGGCGCGGGAGCGCGGGGCCCGGAGGAGGCGGGGAAGAUGGACCCGGCGCCCUCGUUGGGCUGCAGCCUCAAGGAUGUGAAGUGGAGCCCAGUGGCGGUGCCGCUCGACCUGCUGGUCAGCACCUACCGGCUGCCCCAGAUCGCGCGGCUGGACAGCGGAGAGUGCGUGGAAGGGCUGCGGGAGAAUGACUACGUGCUGAUCCACUCCUGCCGGCAGUGGACCACCAUCACUGCCCAUAGCCUGGAAGAAGGUCACUAUGUCAUUGGGCCAAAGAUCGAGAUCCCCGUUCAUUAUGCAGGACAAUUCAAGCUGCUGGAGCAAGACCGGGAUAUAAAGGAGCCGGUGCAAUAUUUCAACAGUGUGGAGGAAGUGGCCAAAGCAUUUCCUGAGCGUGUGUACGUCAUGGAGGAAAUUACAUUCAAUGUGAAGGUUGCGUCAGGUGACUGCAAUGAAGACACUGAGGUUUACAACAUCGCCCUGUGUACGGGGGAUGAACUCACCCUAAUGGGCCAAGCAGAAAUCCUUUAUGCAAAGACCUUCAAGGAGAAGUCGCGACUCAACACCAUCUUCAAAAAGAUUGGGAAACUCAAUUCCAUCAGCAAGCUGGGAAAAGGCAAAAUGCCCUGCCUCAUUUGCAUGAAUCACCGGACCAAUGAGAGCAUCAGCCUUCCAUUCCAGUGCAAGGGCAGGUUUAGCACCCGGAGCCCCCUGGAACUGCAGAUGCAGGAAGGGGAACACACCAUCCGAAACAUCGUGGAGAAGACUCGGCUCCCCGUGAACGUGACAGUGCCCAGCCCCCCUCCCAGGAACCCCUAUGACCUCCACUUCAUCAGAGAGGGACACCGCUACAAGUUUGUGAACAUCCAGACCAAGACAGUGGUGGUCUGCUGUGUGCUGCGAAACAACAAGAUCCUCCCCAUGCACUUCCCUUUGCACUUGACUGUCCCCAAGUUCAGCCUCCCCGAACACCUGGUGAAGGGAGAGGUGUGGCCAGAAACCCUAGUCCAUCACUGGCUUGGUAUCUGCCAAGAGCAGUUUGACAUUGAUGAGUAUUCACGGGCUGUUCGCGAUGUGAAAACGGACUGGAAUGAAGACUGCAAGAGCCCCAAAAAGGGCCGUUGCUCUGGCCACAACCAUUUACCCAAUUCCCUCAGCUAUGCCCGCGACGAGCUCACCCAGUCCUUCCACCGGCUCUCAGUCUGUGUGUACGGCAACAAUCUCCACGGCAACAGUGAGGUGAACCUCCAUGGCUGCAGGGACCUUGGGGGAGAGUGGGCCCCUUUUCCUCACGACAUCCUCCCCUAUCAAGACUCUGGUGACAGUGGGAGUGACUACCUUUUCCCGGAAGCUAAUGAUGAGUCGGCGGGCAUCCCAGGAAAGCCAGAAGUUCCCUAUGAAGAGCUGUGGCUGGAGGAAGGCAAGCCGAGCUGCCAGCCUCUCACGCGCUCGCUCAGUGAGAAGAGCAGGUGCGACCCCUUGAGAGGCUCCACGCGAUCCAAAUGUACGACCUCUUCUCUCCCUGCCCCUGCAACCCUGGGAGGCACAGCGAAGUCUUCAGAAAUCGCCCUACCUCCACCUCCAGUGCCUCCCAAAUCUGAAGCUGUCAGGGAAGAAUGCCGGCUCCUGAACGCCCCGCCUGUUCCACCCCGAAGCGCAAAGCCUUUAUCCACAAGUCCCUCCGUCCCUCCUCGCACGAUCAAGCCAGUUCGGCCACAGACUCGCUCCCCCAGCCCCACCCUGUCCUACUAUUCUUCAGGGCUGCAUAACAUCAGCGUCACUCAGAGUGACACAAGUCCUCCUGACAGUGCUCCCGUUUCCUGCUACCCCUGCAACCGAGCGAAGAGGGACUCUGUGGACCCCAAGUCCCCAUUUGGAAGCCCUGCUGCCGAAGCUCUGUCCUCCCGGCUCUCGUGGCCCAACCAUUACUCGGGAGCCUCGGAGAACCAGACAAGGAGUGACCUCCUGCUCGAUCCGAGCAGGAGCCACAGCUACCCCAGACAGAAGACACCCGGCACACCAAAGAGAAACUGCCCAGCCCCCUUUGACUUCGAUGGCUGCGAGCGCCUGGAAGGCUGGGCCAGCACGGCCUCCACAGAGUUCAGCAGCGCUGUCUCCAGUUGCCCCAAGUCGGCCAGCUACUGUCUGGAGAACUCCGAGGACAACUCCCUUGCAGCUGGCAUGACCAAGCAGAGCGUCUCCUGCCCUGCCUUACCCCCAAGGGCCCCAAAGCCAGUGGAACAGAAAGCCACCCCGGAAACAUCUCCUUUGCCUCUGAAAAUUGACGGUGCUGAGGAGGACCCCGCAGCAGGGUCGUUGGACCUCUCUGAGGACCAGUAUUUUGUCAAAAAGGGCAUGCAGGACAUCUUCUCUGUCUCUUACCCCUUCUCCUCUCCGCUCCACCUCCAGCUGGCCCCCAGGUCCUGUGGGGACGGUUCCCCGUGGCAGCCACCUGCCGACCUAUCAGGACUCUCCAUAGAGGAAGUAUCCAAGUCCUUACGGUUCAUUGGUUUGUCUGAAGACGUCAUAGCCUUCUUUGUCACGGAGAAGAUCGACGGGAAUCUGCUCGUUCAGUUAACAGAAGAAAUCCUCUCAGAGGAUUUCAAACUAAGCAAACUGCAGGUGAAGAAAAUACUGCAGUUUAUCAAUGGCUGGAGGCCCAAGAUAUAGCCAAAUGGCCCCAGCCAGCGUGAGACGGAGCUGCGAAACCUGUGUUUAGAAAGGGUGGGCUAGGACACAAAUUCAUGUUUUUUGCACUAAAACGAAACAAAACAAAAAACAAAAAUCCUUCUUUGUAAAUAGAGAUAAGAGAAAGUCUUACUAUGCAGAUUCCAUUUCUGAAUGGUGAACAGGCUAUUUUGUACAUCAAUAAAGAUGCUAUACAGAACACUCA